AUGCCUUUCUAUCCUAAUGACUUGUCCACGACAAAGAGAAAGCGAACUACCACCUAUUAUAAUCGAAAAACCUUUCCACCCGCUAUACCAGCUGCAACAGCCUGUGCGGAAUACAACAGCUGCUGCAUUACUACAACACGAAAACGCACAUCGAUAGCACCAUUGAUUCGCUUAUCAGCAGCAGACAAAUGCCCCUCCUUUCGAUCAUCUACUUGUAGCAGCAAUUCUUCAUCCACCGUCAGCCUUAAUACCAAUAUCGAGUUGCAACCACCUGCUACACCACCGCCUGCGUAUCAUGUUAGCAUGCUCACAACAACAACAACAACACAAAAGUACGAAAACGUUGCUGUUCCUGGACAUCUUGGACUCGACGAGGAUGACGAUGAUAUACCUCUGGCUGAUGUAAAGCAUUGGCUCCUCCAAGCCAGAAAUCCAAUUCAUGAAUCACAUGCAUAA